CCACCACUCCCGCCCGCGUCGUAUUACCCACGGCAGUAUGGCUUCUUCGCAAGACUAUGGCCGCCCCUCGGCCGACGAAGUGGACGAGUCUCGUCCUCUCCUCGGCCAACAAUCAGAUGGACAAGCUCAGCAGAAUUGGCACCAGAGGCUCCGUUCUCGCCUCGCUGCCGCCUUUGGCCCAUUGGCGGAGCCUGAGAAGCUAGGCGCGACGGAGCGACUUCUCUUGGCCCUAGCCCUCCUUCUGCUUCUGAUUGCUGCCAUCUUCAUCGGCCUCUUCGCUGGAGCACAGAGCCGCCUCUCACACCAAGGCCCACCUCAACGUGGAGAUCCCAGUGAGGGACACGACAGCUCAGCGGCCUGUCUCACGACCGAAUGUGUCCUUGCGUCAGCAUCUGUGAUCCAGAGCAUAGAUAGCUCUGUUGACCCAUGCGAUGACUUCUAUCACUUCGCUGCCGGAGGAUGGCUGGCCAGCCUCGAUCACCAGAUCCCCGACGAUGCUGGACUCUUUGGUGCAGGUCAAUUCGUUGCGGCCCGAAACGCUCAGAUCGUCCGUGAUCUCCUCGCUGGCGCUCCCAAUCAAGAAGAAGCUGCCGCCCUCGAAUCACAGAGUAGUGAGGAGGCGAACGUCGACAAUCGUAACCUCGCCAAGCUCAAGACCUUCUACGACACCUGCAUCGACACGACCACUCAGGACGAGAAGGGUUCGCGUCAGAUGAUGGUGCUGAUCCAGCAUGCACGCGACCUCUUGUACGGCGAGGACUCAGCGCAUCUGGCAGAAGAGCUUGUUGCUCUCAGCCCAUCAAGUGUUGUUGCUCAGCAACAUCCUACUGGACCUCUUACCCCGCCUCCUGGUGCAUCGUCCCCGGUACCCCCGAAUCAGAUUCCGCUCCGAGCUCCACAGCCCCACCCACCUACUGAUAAGCCAGGUCCCCCUCCUCCACGCAAUGGACGACAAAAGGCAUUGACUUCAGUCCUGUCGUGGGCGCACGCUCACGCCGUGCCCGCAUUCUGGGGGAUCAACGUCGAUGGUGACCCGGUGGAAGACCCUACAGAGGGGACCAUCUGGGUCACCACGGGCGGGCUUGGCUUCCCAGACAAGGCGUACUACGAAGACGAGGAUGAGAUCAAGUUCUACAAUGAGGUGAUCGAAGCCACCCUUGUCGCUGUAGCGAAAGAGGACAAGAAGAAGAAGAAGGGUCUCGAUGCUGACGUGUCUUUCGGCGACAGCUCCAAGAAGCAUCGCAGCCUUGCCCGAAAGGUCGUCGCAUUUGAGCGAGAGAUUUCAAGGGCGACGCCUGAUGGAGACGUCCUCGCCGAUCCUCUCAGCAUCUACAAUCCGAUUCCCGUCAACAAGCUCGCAUACACGAGCAACGCUGUCGACUGGCCGAUGUAUCUCAGUGCUCUUACGGUCAAGGUACCUCACAAUGUCCUCGUACACUCUCCCGACUUCCUGCGAAAGACUGGCGAGUUGAUCUCUCAAACGAGCGACGAGGUGCUCGAGGCCUACCUCACCUGGACUAUUGUUCGUACAUACGGGCUGAAUCUUGGACCCAAGGCUUCCCUGAGAGCUCCCGCAGAGGCUCUCGACCGGAGACUCAAGGGCGUUGCUUUCGACGCAAAGGAAGACAGGGCUACAGUCUGCCUGAACGCUCUCAACGAAGCGCUCGGGUUCAUGGCUGGGCGCUACUAUGUCCAACAAGCCUUCCCUCCUACUGCGAGGAACAAAGUCAUCGAGAUCAUUGACACGAUCAUCUCUGCCUUCAAGGAUCGACUGCCUGAGCUUGACUGGCUGGACCCCAAGACCAGGCGUGCGGCCGAAGUCAAGGCUGACAACAUUCGCAUCAAGGUGGGAUACCCCGAGUACCCAAACACGACUUCGGCAGCGUCCAUCGAAGCGUACUAUAGCCAAAUCGAUGUCAAAAAGUUCGACUACUUCGGCAACCGCUUCCGUAGUGCGACUAUCUUGAACCAAAAGAACCUGGCUCAGGCUGGUCGCGUGCUGAACGUCCUGCGAUGGGACAUGUUCCCCGCCGAAGUCAAUGCUUACUAUAACCCUGGAGGAAAUGAGAUUGCCUUCCCCGCUGGUAUUCUGCAACCACCCUACUUCGAUGUUGCCACGCCGGACUACAUUCAAUACGGAGCGCUGGGUUCCGUUGCAGGUCAUGAGCUGACUCACAGCGUGGACCCAGCAGGACGUCUUUACGACGAGCAUGGGUACCUUAGGGACUGGUGGACCAAUGACACCACGAUUGAGUUCUACAAGAGGCAGCAGUGCCUCAUGGACCAAUAUGGCAACUACUCCCUCGAUGACGGCACAGGGCGCAUGCUGCCUCUCAAUUCCAAGCUUACAAUUGGAGAGGAUGUUGCAGAUGGAGGCGGAGUUGCCCAAUCCUACCGAGCAUGGCAGACACUGCUGGAGAAGGACACAAAGGAGAUACGAGCGCGCAAUCGCCUGCUGCCAGGUUUGGAGCAGUACAGCCGUGAGCAACUCUUCUUCAUCUCCUAUGGUAUCGCUUAUGCGCGCAACCUGCGACCUCAGGAGGCUCUGAAGAGGAUCCGUACCGACCCGCAUUCCCCCAACCCGUUCAGGGUGAAUGGAGUGGUGACCAACUCGCCGGCCUUCUACAAGGCGUUUGGAUGCAAAGCUGGCGACAAGAUGUUCACCCCAGAGAAGGACAGGUGCUACAUCUGGUAAGGUGGCUGGCGAAGGAGAGAAAUGGGAAAGAGAAAACAAGGGGACGCAGCUUCAGAGGAACGCAAACGAGAACAAAGAAGUGAGAUAAUGCUAGUGAUGAGGGACAUUAAAGGACUCAAUCAAUGCAUUGCCUGGACCUGCUCUUAUUGCUACAUUGCUACGAAGCGUACUUGGCCUGGCGGAUGACGCGACGAAGAAAGCAAUCAGUAUCUCGACCGUAUAAGAAAACGUGUCAAAUUACUCACCAUCUCCACCCCUGCGUGUUUGUAGCCACACUUCUCGUAGAAUGCUGAUCGGAGGAGGACAUGAGACAGACAGUGUAUCAGCAUCGAAAUCUGAUGAAGUGCCAUGACUUCCAGU